AUGUCUCAAGAAGAAGAAACAUUGUAUUGUCCAGUUGGUCAUUCCAAUGAGAUCUAUAAUUUCCAAAGAAUUUACAUUGGAAUAAAUAUUGGAUAUUGUAAUUUGUGUAAUAAAGAACAUUUUAGUCGAGAGUUUGGAGCUUGGUCUAAUGGAAACGUCGAAAUUGAUAAGUCUUGUUUUAUUAGUCGAAGUAUUCAUACUCUUCAUAGAUUGUAUAAUUCAUUAGAAGAUAUAAAAUCAGGAACAUCUCAAGACCCUAAUUUAUUAAAGUCUAAUGAAACAUCUAUUUCGAGUGUUAAAACUUAUUAUAUUGAUUCUAAAGAACUACAAGAAUGCAUUGAUUGGGAAAAAGAGAUUCAAAGUCAUGCAAAAAAAAAGAUCUAA